AUGCGCCCCAUCGCAAGGUCUACCCUGCGGCCUUAUGUCUGCCCAUCUUGCCGGUCUGGACGUCUGGCGAGCCGCCGAAGAUUUGCGUCUACACCUCAACAGAACCCCGAAAUUUAUGAUGUAGUCUGCGUUGGCGGUGGUCCCGCGGGCCUAGGACUGCUAGCAGCUCUCCGAGCCUCUCCCGCUACCUCAAAGCUCAAAGUUGCCCUCGUCGAAACUCAGGACCUCGAAAAAGCUCGCUCGUGGAACCUCGAAUCGCAUCAGUUCUCUAACCGAGUCAGCAGUCUGACGCCUUCGUCCGUGUCGUUUCUGGAAAAAAUUGGAGCAUGGGACUUUCUCGACACUCAGCGCGCCCAGAAGUACCAGGAGAUGCAGGUGUGGGACGGCGAAACAGGAUCCCGCAUAUCGUUUGACUGGUCGAUGGAAUCCUCUCCGUUCGAAGACCUCCGUACCAUCGCGACAAUGACGGAGAACGCCAACCUUGUCCGCGCGCUUCUAUCGAGAAUCGCCGCUUCUGGAGACGAAAACCUCUCCAUCUUCUCCAAGUCGACCGUCUCGUCCAUCGAAAAUGGCACCGAUUCGCCCGACGGACCGGAUCUUUCGGCGUGGCCGGUCCUUUCCAUCUCCCCGACCGACGGGGCAUCGACACAAGGACCGUCGCGGAUUGCCGCGAGACUACUGGUGGGCGCAGACGGUAUCAACAGCCCCGUGCGCAAGUUUGCCGAUAUCUCAACCGAGGGCUGGGACUACAAUCGAAACGGCGUGGUCGCGACCCUCGCCCUAUCAGAGCCAGAGAUCCCUACGUUCCCCAUCGGCACGAGAACCGCCCACCAGCGUUUUCUACCAUCGCUGGGCGGCCCUAUCGCCCUUCUCCCGCUGCCCAACAAUCAUGCGACCCUGGUGUGGUCGACCACCGCCGAGAACGCCGCCUACCUCAAAUCUCUCUCCCCCAAAGCUUUCAUCGCUAUGGUCAACGCUGCUUUCCGUCUCGGCAUGCCGGAUCUCAAGUACAUGAUGAGCAUGCAACGUCCGGCGACGUCUGUGUCGGAGGAGUAUGAAGAUCAACACGAGACCGAAUUGACCUGGCGCCUACAACAUACUCCCCAGCCCUCGCAAAUCCCGCCCAUGGUGACCGGUGUCCAGGAAGGCACCGUGGCCUCUUUCCCUCUCCGAUUCCGCCACGCCUCAACGUACAUCUCGCCCCGUGUGGCUCUAGUGGGUGAUGCUGCUCACGUCAUCCACCCUCUGGCCGGACAGGGUCUCAACCUCGGACUGGGCGACGUGGCGUCUCUCUCCAAUACCAUUGACUAUGCCGUGAACCACGGAAUGGACGUCGGAGACAUUCUCACUCUCGAACGGUACACCGCUGAGCGGUGGGCCACCAAUGCCAAGAUCGGCGGCGCCUGCGAUGUGCUGCACAAGCUUUACAAUGUUCCCGGCCAGGGACCUGUUGCUUGGGGUCGCAGUCUAGGCUUGGAUAUCAUCGACCGCGUACCCUUCCUUAAGGGGCUUUUGAUGAAGAACGCCGAGGGUUGA